UCACUGCUACUGAAGCCUGGUGCAUAAUAUAGCAAGUAAGAAGAUGAAGAGGGGACUAUGCACAUCUGUUUUGCUAGUACUGACGCUAGUUCUGGUGGAGUACACGGUGGAGGGGUUGGCAGAAGAGAACCAGCAGCCACCCGCGGUUUAUAUAUUUGGAGAUUCGACUGUGGAUGUUGGAACCAAUAACCACCUUAAGGAUUGUCGUACCAAGGCUGACAGUCCUUAUUAUGGCAUUGAUUUCGACUUCUCCAGACCUACGGGAAGGUUCACCAAUGGUCAUAAUAUUGCUGACUUAAUUGUGAGGCAUUUGGGAUACAAGAGGAGUCCGCCACCUUUCCUCUCUUUGAUUAAUCGGAUGUCAGGUUUCCAGUCCGCGAUCCUUCGUGGAGUAAACUUUGCAUCUGGAGGUUCUGGGAUUUUCGACCAAACUGGAAACGUAACAUAUAUACAAGUAGUAGCUCUAGGAAAGCAAAUCCAGCAAUUUGCGACGGUCUGUAGCAACAUCACAAAGGUACUGGGUAAGGCUAAAGCUGAUGAACUGCUUUCCAAGUCCAUAUUCAUCAUUAGCGCAGGAAGCAACGACAUAUUCGAGUACUCAGAAAACCGCACAGUCUUGCCAGCUAUAUUCAUGGACAAGCUCAUCGAAGCAUAUACGACACAGAUAGAGGAAUUGUAUAAUUUGGGGGCCAGAAAGUUUGCGGUGCUGAGCGUGGGAGCCAUUGGGUGCGUGCCUAAGAUACGUGCUUUGAAUCAUGGCAAUUGUGUUGAUCAAGUAAACCAACUUGCUCAGGCUUUCUACACUCUAGUUUCGUCUGUGUUGCAGCAAUUCAGCUCUCAGUACACAGAAUUCAAUUACUCACUUGGAAAUCUUUAUGAGGUGACCAUGACCACCAUUCUGAACUAUCUUGUAGAAGGUUAUAAGGAGAUCCGAACACCUUGCUGUGGAGAUGCCAAUACUACAUGUCAUUUUGGAGGUAAUCUCUGCAACAAUCGAAACCAAUACUUGUUCUGGGAUAUGUUUCAUCCCACACAGGUCGCCUCUGAUACCGCGGCUAGAGUACUAUUAUUCAGCGAAGCUACAGAACUGGUGAAUCCCAACAAUAUCAGUCGCUUGGCAGUCAUCCCUUAGCUUACUACUUUCAGAUUACAUGAAUAAGACCUACGGGACUGCUACUUCAUACAUUGUUCCUCUUCUAUUUUGAUACACAUUACUACACUUUGUAUUUGGAAUCAGAUCAAAUAGUUUCUCUGAAUUCCAUCCCAUAAUAAAUCUUGGAAGUGUUCAGGCCUUCGCCUGUUCCGACACAGCCAGAUAGUAUAUAUUGAUACAAUAAUUACGUGUCUCCAUCUAAAGGAGACAAAUAAUCCUAUUUUGUCUCCCUUUAUAAACACCAUAGAGUUUUAUAAUACAAA